GACAUUCUAAUGACAUUUGUGAAAGUGGGACUGAAAAAUGAAGAUACGUUCUGAUAAAGUAUAAAUAAUCACUGAGAUCAACAAAUGUUUACGUUUGGACAGUUUCAAUGCUAAAAGAAUAUUCUAAAAUUUUCACUUGAAAUGGACCCAUCAGAAGAAUGUGACAAACAAUCAGAUCACGAUGAAGAAACACAAUCAAAUCUACAUCACGAAUGUUUAGUGUGUUUUCGAGUCUUUGCAAAUUCGUACCGAUUGAGACGGCACAGCAUUGUUCAUUCGACGGAGAAUAAAAUCUUCAAUUGUCAGUUCUGUGACCUGACGUUUCGUCUGCACAAUGAGCUGAUAAUGCACGAAUCGACACACCAACGGACACUCGCCAAUAUUAAUCUGAAACGAUGUAAAAUCUGCGGCAUAGCCUGUUAUGAAGACAACCUACUUGCUCAUUUCAAGGAGUUCCACGAGCAUUUCGAAUGUGAUUUAUGCAAAAAAGUCUUUCGCACAAAGAGUCACUUAAAACUUCACAUGCGAAUCCACAUCAAUGCCAGAGAUUUUAAGUGUUCCAUUUGCCCAAAAACGUUUAACUUUUUCACCCAACUAAAACGACAUGAAGGGACACAUUCCCCCUCUAACGUAUGGUAUUGCGAGAUCUGUGGCGUUGGAUUUAAAAGCAAACCAAGUCUUUCUCAUCAUAUGCGAGCUCUACAUAACGGUGAAAAGCCUUUUCAGUGCGAUCGCUGUGACCGAUGCUUUUCGGCCAAGCAAAGCCUGGACCUACAUAUUCGGAUCCACGAUGGCACCAAACCUUACAAGUGUCCCUGGGUCGAGUGUGGACGCGGUUUCCAUGAUUUGACUACAAUGAAAGUGCAUACAAGACAGCACACUAAUGAGAAUCCGUAUAAAUGUCAUCUCUGUGGAAAGACUACGAAACAAGCGAGUAAUAUGAAGUCACACUAUCUGCACGCUCACAAGAUCAAAGACAUUACCAGUAAAACAAUUCGCGCGAAUGCUCGUUUAUUCGAGAAAUACAAAACGGAGGAUCUGCCUGAAUCUGGUCUGUUGGAAAUUUUAAGCCAGCAGGUGAUGCAAAACCUUGCCAACCAAUAUGCUGCCAACAAUAAUGCAAUCAAGGAAGAACUUACAACCGAGAAAUUAAAUUCAGGACGACAAGAGUACGUCGGGAACUUAAUGAAGGAACCAACCACCUCAUCAGUUGAAAGAAAUGAACAAACGAAUGUAGUAUCUGACAAUGCAAUCAAACUGGAAAGCUCUUGUGAUAUUGAAUUCGUCUCCUCUGAUGUUCGAAACAACACAUUUCAUGUUAAGGAAGAAGCUUGUGAUGCCAUUGCUUCUGCUGCGGACGCAGCAAAAAUUCAAAAAGAAAGUCAGGUGACACCGAAAAAUCGUCACAAUCCGAAAAAACCAGCCGUUGAAACAGUUAUCAUCGGCGACCUCCAAUCAACGGAAAUCGAGGAUGUGGUGGUGAAAAGUGAAGAUCGAUUUUAUGUGUUCCAAAUAAGCGAACUGGAAGAUGGUGCCGCUUGUAGUGAUCCAAUAAAAUCAGAAUGUACAGACAACACAGCACCGACAAACGGUCAAACUCCAAAUGACUCACCGGUGCAAAAGUCUAACAAAACAUUCCACUGUGAUAUUUGCCCGAAGUCCUAUUCGCAAAAAUCGAAACUAAAAUUUCACAUAAAAUCGAUGCACACAGUGGAAGGGAUUGGAAUUGACAAACGGAAAAUGUGUGAGAUUUGCGGGAAGACGUACGGUGAAAAUUCGGCUCUGCAGAAACACUUGAAAUUCACUCAUUCAAAUAUUCGACCGUUUUCGUGCGAAAUCUGUGGUCGAUCGUUUAAGGAUUCAAAUGGUCUGAAGGUUCACAAACGGUCGCACAGUGGAGAGAAACCUUACAGUUGUUCCUUCUGUUCAAAAUCAUUUUCAACAUCAAUCGGUCGAAAUCUUCACCAGCGCAGCCAUACGGGAGAAAAGCCAUACAAGUGUACAUUCUGUGACAGUGCUUUUUCUGAUAGCUCUACGUGUAAACAACACAUUCGGGUGCAUACCGGAGAGAAGCCGUACGUUUGUCAUCUUUGCGGUAAGGGUACUACACAGGCUGGCAACUUAAAGUCACACCUUCGACAUGCUCAUAAGAUCCAUGUGAAACAUGUUACGAUGAAACAAGGAAAUUAGAUUUUAAUAAAGUUAAAAAAUGUUGAU